AUGGAUUGCGGCGCAGUAUUUGUUAAAUACGUUCUUUAUAUAUUUAACACAUUGUGUUUGAUAUGUGGUAUUUUAAUUAUUGUUUUCGGAUCCACUCUUAUAUCGAAAAUAAGCAUCUUCUCGGACUUGGCACAAACAUUUGAUGGUCGUGGUGUAUUUAUUUUCCUGGUAGUGGUGGGCUGCAUAAUCUUCUUAAUAUCUUUCCUAGGAUGUUGGGGUGCCAUUCGUGAAAAUAAAUGCAGCAUCAUCACGUACUCCAUCUUUAUGCUGGCUUUGUUCUUGUGUCAAGCUUCUGUGAUAGUCUACGUUUGGAAAGAACAGACAUAUAUAAUAACAUACUUUGCAAAUGUUUUGCAACAAAUUUGGGAGCAUCGCCGUGAGGAAAAACGUUUUUUAUAUGCAAUCCAGAAAACUCUCGAAUGCUGUGGAUUUAAUGACUUUAAGGACUACAAUUCCUCUCUACUGCCUAAGUCUUGUUGCAAUUUGUCAGUCACCAGAUGCGAUGUGAAUCAGGUGAUAGGCGUUCCUGGCUGUAAAACCGCUUUGUCCAAUUUCUGGGAAACUUAUAUUCCUGUUAUUAAAUAUGCGGGCCUUGGUGUGGCUGUCGUUGAGCUAACCGCAUUUAUAUUCGCCUUUUGUUUGGCCAAUCAAAUCAGAUAUUACUAA